AUGGCGACGAAACCGCUACAGGCCACUCUUUGGAUACCCUUCAAUGGCGCUAAAGUAUGGACGGAUUUCAUGCAGGGAAGGCGAGACGUUCCGGACGACUUUAACGUCGGGAGCCCGAUAGUGAUGUCGUCGACCACAUUUUCCGACGGGGUACAAGUGAUGGCUGGUGUAUACAAGAGCGAAGAACCAAAGGUGUACAAUAUUGUUUUCUUUUGGGUUUUCGCAGAAGAUGGAAGCCAAGUUCCUGGUUGGCCCAUUGAUCCAUCAGAUUGGGAGGAUUUCGACGCUCCUAGAUCGAUUGGAUUCUCAUUGGAAGAUUCUGACCAGGAUGAAAGUGACGAGGAUGACAGCGACGAAGAGGAGAGACCCGAGUUUGAUUAUCUCCUACAGAUCAAGGAAAAGUCGUCUUCUUAG